AUGGUAAGUUCGAUGUGUUGGCGUUUUCUCGCCACGCGGUCUAAUCGCGCGGGACACCGCGCGCGACGCGACGAACGCUCACGAGAGCGUGCCCUCGGCGAAGUGCAUCAAACACUUCACCUUCGCGGUUUCGAAAUCCGCGUCGGAGAUGAGCUCCUUCUCUCGCAUCGCCUUCAGCGCGCCGAUCCUCGACUCCAACAGCAUCGCCUGCAGCUCCGCCGUCUUCGCCCCGGCCUGUGCGUCGUUGACGCCGCCGCCCGGGGAUUUCGAGCGAACCAUUCUCGCCGACCCCGUGCGACCCCGCGGAACCGCCCCCUCUUUCCUCUCCCUCGGCUUCGCCGCCGCGCGCGGCCGCUUCGCCGGCGGGGUCACCCUGUGGACCUUAUUCCUCUCGUACAGAAUCUCCCCGGCCUCUUUCACGAAAUUCACCGGUCUUCGCUUUUGCAACCCGAGACGUCGAAUGAGAUCGUCGUACGCCCGCGCGGCGCUCUCCGCGGUGUCGAAGUUCCCCGGGGCCCUGUGCGCGACGCCGUCGUGGUUGACCUGCGCGCGCCACGGCCUCGCCGCGUUCGAUCGCGGGUCCCCGGGAGCGCGUCUCGUGAUCCCGAUGAAGCCGUGCGAGUCGAUGUAUCUGUUGUUCUUCUUCCCGCUGCCGGGCGCGCCGUCCGCGUCCUGCGCCUGCGCCUGUUCGCUGCCGGGAUCCGAGGGCUCUUCCCGCGGCACAUCUGCCGAGGGACUGUCUGCCAUCGCUCUUCGAAGCGCCGGCCGCGCGUGCCUCGGCGAGCUGCGCCCGAAAGCGCGCGACCUUUGUGCGCUUCUCCUUCUGUACCGGGGAUCUUCUUCGUGUUCUUCUAUUUGUGCGCGGGCUUCUCCUAA